AUGGCGGAUCUUACAUCGGAGAAACUUGCAGAGUCUUCUGCUACUUCAGCAAAGUCUCUAAACGUUCCACCCAACCAAACUGGCAUCUCCUCUGAAAUGGCAUCCAUCUCGGAGAUCGAUCAAGAAAAAGCACAAGUUAAACAAACCGAGGAUGCUCCUCCAGUACGAGAUAUUACAGGUUGGAGGUGGGCUCUGGUGGUUGCCGCAAUACUCUCCUCCAGCUUCCUCUUCGCUCUCGAUAACACCAUUGUGGCAGUUGUUCAAGCUGACAUCGUUGUUACCUUCAAUGAUGUUAGUAAACUUUCGUGGCUUAGUGUGGGCUUCCUCAUCGGUGCAGCUAGUACGAAUCUAGUAUGGGGAAAGAUCUUUGGCCAGUUCAAUGCGAAAUGGACGUAUAUCAUUUCAAUUAUUAUCUUCGAGGCUGGCUCUGCGUUGUGCGGUGGUGCUCCCAAUAUGUCUGCUCUAAUUGUUGGACGGGCACUUUGUGGAUUCGGUGGUAGUGGUGCGUAUGUGGGUGUUAUGACACUACUUGCUGCUUCUACAACUAUCCAUGAGAGACCGCUUUAUAUUGGAGGUACUGGAAUGACUUGGGGUUUAGGCACUGUAAUUGGUCCGAUUAUCGGAGGUGCAUUCACAGAUUCCUCUGCAGGAUGGCGUUGGGCUUUUUACAUCAAUCUUUGCAUUGGCGCAGCUUGCGCUCCAGUCUACUUAUUUCUCCUACCAAAUUAUGAUCCCCGCCCGGGUGUUCCACUCCUCCAUCGCGCAAAAGAGGUUGAUUACCUCGGUGGCAUACUCAUUAUUGGAGCCUUUGUCUCUGGUGUCAUGGCCGUCUCAUUCGGCGGUGUAACUUACCCCUGGAACUCUGGGAAAAUUAUCGGUUUGUUCGUCUGCUCAGGUAUCUUGUUCAUCAUCUUCGGUAUCCAACAAGUCUUUACUAUUUUCACCACGACCAGCCGUAGAAUCUUUCCUAUCGAGUUUUUGAAGAGUAGAACAAUGCUUAUCCUUUUCGCCAUGACAUCUGCUGGAGGAACCGCCAUCUUCAUCCCUAUCUAUAUGAUUCCAAUCUUCUUCCAAUUCACCCGUAACGACUCGGCUCUCGAAGCAGGCGUACGGCUUCUGCCAUUCAUCAUUCUGAUGAUAUUUGCCGUCAUAUCCAACGGUGCCAUCCUUUCCGCAUACGGUUACUACAUGCCAUGGUACACUGCAGGUGGAAUCUUCGUCCUCAUCGGCGGAGCCCUCAUGUUCGCCGACGUUACCCCCGAUACCUCUAUUGCCAAAAUCUACGGCUUCACCAUUCUCAUCGGUUUCGGUGUCGGUUUAUUCGCUCAAGCCUCCUUUUCCGUUGCCCAAGCCGUUGUUGCUGAAGAACUAGUUUCUUCCGCCGUCGGCUUCAUCACCUGUGCACAAGUAGGCGGUGUAACGAUCGCUCUCGCAAUUGCUAAUUCCGUCUUCCUCAAUGGAAGUCAAGAGAAGAUUCAAGCUAUUCUGCCCGAUCUACCGGCUGCAGAGAUUCAGCAGGCGAUUGCGGGUGCGGGUAGUGAGUUUGUUAAGAAUUUGACAGUGAUGCAGCAAAAGGAGGUCAUUCAGGCGAUUGUGGAGAGUAUGAGCAAGACAUAUGCUAUGGUUAUUACGGCGGGAGCGAUGACUGUAGUGUUGAGUUUGUUGAUGAAGAGGGAGAAGCUUUUCAUGAGCGCAGCAAUGGGUGGUGCUUAG